AUGUGGUCCACUGAGAGCAUGGAGCCGGAGAAAGCACACACCCAGAGCAGCUUCUUCAACAAGGUGGAGGUGCCUGACCAUGCUCACUACAUCGUCGCUUUGUUCGUCUUUGUCAUCGGGACCCUGGGCAUCACUGGGAACGCCCUGGUCAUGUUUGCCAUCUACAGCAACAAGAAACUCCGUAACCUGCCGAACUACUUCAUCAUGAACUUGGCGGCCAGUGACUUCCUCAUGGCCUUCACACAGUCCCCCAUCUUCUUCAUCAACUGCCUCUACAAGGAAUGGGUGUUUGGAGAGAUGGGGUGUAAGAUGUACGCAUUCUGCGGCGCCCUGUUCGGCAUUGCCUCCAUGAUAAACCUGCUGGCCAUCUCCAUCGACCGUUAUCUGGUCAUCACCAAGCCCCUGCAGACCAUCCACUGGAGCUCCAAACGCAGAACUACUCUUGCCAUCCUCAUGGUUUGGCUCUACUCUCUGGCUUGGAGUCUGGCUCCUCUAAUUGGCUGGAGCUCCUACAUCCCCGAGGGCCUGAUGACAUCUUGCACAUGGGAUUAUGUUACGUACACAACAGCCAACAGGAGCUACACGAUGAUGCUGUGCUGUUUCGUCUUCUUCAUUCCACUGGGAAUCAUCUUUUACUGCUAUCUUCUAAUGUUUCUGUCCAUAAGGAAGACGAGCAGGGAGGUGGAACGUCUGGGGACUCAGGUGAGGAAAUCCACUCUCAUUCAGCAGAAGUCCAUCAGGAGUGAAUGGAAACUGGCAAAGAUCGCCUUUGUUGUCAUUGUGGUCUACGUCCUCUCCUGGUCACCGUAUGCCUGUGUCACACUGAUUUCCUGGGCCGGCCACUCCAACAUCUUGUCGCCGUACUCCAAAGCUGUUCCUGCAAUCAUCGCAAAAGCCUCCGCCAUCUACAAUCCCAUCAUCUACGCCAUCAUACACAACAAGUACAGAAUGACUCUGGCAGAGAAAUUUCCCUGCCUGUGGUUUCUUUCUCCCACUCCUCGCAAGGAGUGCAUCUCCUACUCCAUCAGCGAGUCCUCCUUCAGAGACUCCAUCAUUAGUCGACAAUCCACAGCAUCAAGGACUCACAUUAUUACCGCCUCCUCCAGCCCUUCUGAUACGGUUUUGAGGGAUGUGGAGAUGGAGCCCCUGGGCAAGAAGUCGGGGGAUUCUUUCAGAAGUGUUUCAUCAUACAGACAGUCUUGCAGAAGCAGGUCCUAUAAGAAACAGUUAGAGCGGAAGACAAGCAAAACCCAUAGAGGAGAGAAGCGUCCACCCACCAUGACUGAACCAUUGAGCACCUGUGACCCUGAACUGGUUUCAGGCUCUCUGACCAUCGCCACUCUCCCUCUACUAGUUCUUACCAGGCGGCGCAGCCAGAGUCUGACCAAUGAGAUAUCCGACGCAAGCAGCAAGAAAGGCGACGUCUGCAACAAGCUGAACAGCCACAAGAGCGACUCUUUUGACUGCUUGAAUUUUGGAAAGCUCUCGUCCUCUGAUCCCAGGCCGCCUCAGGACGUUCCACGUAUAAUCGUCAUCAGUCCCACCACCGAGAGCAGCCUCAUCAAACAGGACAGCAUGUGCUUAGAGGAGAGCAUCGAGGCGAUGGAGAACAACUUUGUCAGCCUGAACUUCUCAUCAGAAGUCUUUGAGGCAGUGGAGCUACUCUCUUGA